CACUGACCCACCAGAACCCCAACUCUACCGCCGGCAGCAAAAGAUGGAAUCAAUCGGUGUUCUCCUGAUGUGUCCAAUGUACAGCUACCUUGAACAAGAGCUGCAAUCUCGCUUCAAUCUCUUCAAACUCUGGCAGCAACCACCCUCCAAAAUUCCCGAAUUCCUGAAAUCCAACCAGAGAACCAUAAAAGCAGUGGUCAGCAAUGCGAGAGUCGGCGCCGAUGCUCAACUGAUUGAUUCAUUGCCCAAUUUGGAAAUUGUGGCCAGUUUCAGCGUAGGGUUUGAUAAGAUUGAUCUCAAGAGGUGCGAGGAGAAGGGAAUUAGGGUUACAAACACACCCGAUGUGCUCACUGACGAUGUCGCUGAUUUGGGUAUCGCCUUGAUUCUUGCGGUUCUCAGAAAGAUAUGCCCUUGUGAUGGGUUUGUAAGGAGUGGUAAAUGGAAAGACGGCGACUUUGGUCUGUCAACCAAGCAGUUCAGCAGUAAACCGGUUGGAAUAGUUGGCCUAGGGCGAAUCGGAUCAGCAAUAGCCAAGAGAGCUCAAGCAUUCGGCUGCUCCAUCAGCUACCACUCCAGAACCCAGAAGCCAUUGAAGCACUACAAAUACUACGACAACAUCGUAGACUUGGCCAAAAACUGCUCGAUCCUCGUCGUAGCAUGCUCUUUGACAGACGAGACACGCCACAUUGUCAAUCGGGAGGUUAUCGAUGCACUAGGGCCACGAGGCAUCUUGAUCAAUGUAGGUCGAGGGGCCCAUGUGGAUGAGCCUGAGCUCGUCUCAGCAUUACUAGAAGGUCGACUUGCUGGUGCUGGGCUCGAUGUGUAUGAAGAUGAACCCGAGGUACCUGACCCACUGUUGCGGCUUGACAAUGUUUUGCUCCUCCCUCAUGUGGGGAGUGAUACUGUGGAGACUUGCAAUUCCAUGGCUGACCUUGUGCUUGCUAACUUGGAGGCACAUUUCAACAGCAGACCACUUCCCACCCCAGUUAUAUGACCACCUGGGAAAAACUGGCAAUGAAAGGAAGCCGAAAUUGGUUACCUUCUUGAUGUGGCCGGCGAUGGAUCUGCUGUCGACCACGUCAUAAAGAUCCAGAGCUUCAGAAGCGCAAGCCAUGGCUUCCAUCUGCAUCUUCACUGGCAUGUCUGUAUCAUCAACGAGUGCUUUUCCUUCCAACAUCUUUGAAAAUGAAAGUGGGAAAUGGAGAGUGAAAGAAAGAGAGGGAGAGGGAGAGAGAAAGAGACCCCAGUUGAGGAAAUGCAGAGUAGGAGAGUUUUCGUUUGAGGGCUUCUUAUCCAAAGAAACCCCCCUUGGCCCCUUGUGAUUGUGAGACUGGGAAAGGGUUAUAAAAAUGGAAAGGUUUUGCGAGGGAGAAUCCCUCUGAUAUAUAUCUGUGUCUCUCUCUGAGAUUUACAUGUCAAGCUUCAAGAGAGCCAAUGUGGUUGCAACACCAGGCCUUAUAAAUCAAACCCCAAGUGCCCUUUCCUAGUUUCCUUCCUAUCUCUAUUUCUCUUGCUAGGGUCUUUUCCAAAUCCACUGGAAUCAUACACCCUGACAAUAUCUUUUUGUCUU